AUGAUGCUAAGAUCCGGUGGAAAAAAGUUGAUUUUCAAUGCCGUUCCGUCUCCAUUAGCAAAAAGUUCGCCAGUGCUGUCAGUGCAUGAGCAACGUGAAGAACAAGAAACACAGAAAAAUAAAAUAAAGAUGGAAGAAAGUGUAGAUGCGCUGAGCCGUUGUUGUCGUGUGGCGCAGGCAAAGGUGACGCGAAUAAGGAGAGUCAUUGAAUUGGCAAAUGUUGAUCAUCGAAAAUUCAGUGUUCAUGCGCUGAGUCUUUAUCUUAAAACGACUGACUCAGCAUACGACGAGUUUAACGAUUUUCAUAAUCGCAUCUGCCUUGCGGAUCCAGCAAAAGCGGGUGAGUUCGAACCAGUUUUUCUCGAAUUUGAGGAGUUAUAUGAAUUUACACGAAUCGCUCUAUGUGAGAUGUUGCAAGCAUAUGAGGACGAAAAAACAGCCGCCGAUAAAGCUAUAGCUGUUGCUGGUAGGGGGAGCAGUGGCAGCACUCAACCAGGCAGCAGUGGUAUGAAUUUUCCAAUGGCAUUCCCACAAACGAUUGUCCUACAACAAACAGCACUUCCUGUCUUUGAUGGUCGGUAUGAGAAUUGGUUUAAGUUUAAGCAGAUGUUUUGUGAUAUCGCCGAUAAAUGCACCGCGGAUUCCGCAGCGACCAAACUACACUAUCUCGACAAGGCAUUGAUCGGGAAAGCACAUGGGGCUAUUGAUCAACAGAUUAUAAGGGAUAAUGACUACGAAGGUGCAUGGAGGUCGCUUACUGAACAAUUCGAAAACCUUCCCGCGUUGAUAAAUGAAACAAUAGCUAGAUUAUUGAACUUGAAACCCAUGACUUUGGAAUCAUUCUCUCAGUUGAAAACGCUGACCGAUGAUGUCGAGAAAUGCGUAAGUUCUCUAGCAUAUCAUGAUCUAAAAAUGGACAAACUGUCUGAGGCAAUGAUUACGAAUUUGACUGCUUCUAGAUUGGACGAAAACACGCGAAAGGUAUGGGAAUCAAGUGUAAAACGUAAAAGUUUGCCUUCGUACAAAGACAUGAUUGCUGUAUUACGGAAUCAGCAGUCCGUAUUGGAACGAUGCGAAAAGGCGAAACCAGCACAGAAGAAUCGUUAUCAAAAUCCUAUGUCUCGAUCUGAGAAUUAUUCCGGUUCUAGUAAAGCUCACACGAGUACAGUGGGUAAGACUGACGACAGCUGUUUGGUAUGCGAUGAGAAUCACGAUAUUGAGAGUUGUGAAAUGUUCAGAAAGCUAAACGUAAAUGCUCGAUAUAAUAGAGCACGACAGAUUGGGCUUUGUUUUACUUGUCUGAAAAAAGGUCAUAGAACAGCAGAUUGCAAUUCUGAGAAAAAAUGUUCAAUGUGUUCUCGAACGCACAAUGUGCUGUUGCAUCCUGAAGACAAGAAAUCCCAAAAUAAGGAUAUGAAUAUCAACGAAGAAUCUACUAAGCGAGUGGAUAUUCCGACACCGACUGCAACGACAUGCACUGUGUCUUGCAGCUCUAGUGAAACAACAACACAAAUAUUAUUAGCAACUGCGAUUGUUGAUGUUUUGGAUGUAAAUGGAUUGGAGCACAAAUGUCGAGUGUUAUUGGACUCGGGUGCCAUGGCAAACUUCAUGUCACAACGAUUUGUGGAUCUUCUGAGCCUAAAGAGGAAGUCGGCGAAUGUUCCUGUGGUAGGAGUCAAUGGGAUGAAAACAUUGGUGAAAUUUAAAGUUCAUGCGAAAGUUCGGUCAAGAACGUCAAACCACACUUUCUGCCUGGAUUACUUGAUUGUUCCAAAAGUUACUGGAACAUUGCCUACUGCUAGAGUGGAGAUUCAAAACUGGCCAAUACCGCAUAACUUGGCGUUGGCAGAUCCAUAUUUCCAUGAACCGAGCCGUAUCGAUCUGUUAAUAGGUGCUGAAAUGUUUUACGAUUUAUUGUACCAGGAUAAGAUUAACAUGUCUGUGGACCUGCCGGUGCUACAAGACAGUUCAUUAGGAUGGCUAGUAUCGGGGCGCGUAGCUGAUUUGAAACUGAUUUCCACUGUUCGUAUGUGUCAUGCAGUGUCCAAGGAGUCGUCUAAACAAGAAUUGACUGAAAUGUUGAAGCGGUUUUGGUUGAUUGAUGAACAGAGUCAUUCUGUGUUGGAUCAAGGAGAGGAUGAAGAGUGUGAGCGACAUUUCAUUCAAACACAUCAACGCAGCGAAAGUGGUCGCUACACCGUACGACUACCGUUUCGAGAGAGUAUCGGCGAACUUGGAGAUUCCAAAGCAGUAGCAGAAAAGAGAUUCACGCAGUUAGAACGCAGAUUUGAUAGGAAUCCUAUAAUGAAACAGCAAUAUAAGGCAUUCAUUGACGAAUACAUCGCUCUGGGUCAUGCUCGAAUUAUUGAUGAAAAAUGUGACGACGAAAGCAAGGGAUAUUUCCUACCGCAUCAUUGUGUGCUUAAGCCAGAAAGUUCCACGACAAAACUAAGGGUAGUAUUCGAUGCAUCAUCAAUGAGCUCUACGAAUCUGUCGCUGAAUGAUGUUAUGAUGACAGGACCCACAGUGCAACCCACGUUGUUUGAUAUUGUUUUGAGAUUUCGUAUUCCCAAAUAUGUCUUUACUGCCGAUGUAUCAAAAAUGUAUCGCCAAGUUCAGGUCCACAAAGACGAUUGCAAAUAUCAGAAAAUUCUGUGGAGAGACGAUAGAACUGAACCAUUAAGAACAAUUGAAUUACAAACUGUCACGUAUGGAACAUCGGCAGCCCCGUUCUUGGCCACCAGAUCCCUGAACCAACUGGCGAUUGACGAACAGAUGAAUUAUCCCGAAGCUAGUAGCAAGGCAUUGAAAAGCUUCUAUGUAGACGACGUACUGACAGGAUCGGAUGAUCUGGAAGAGGCGAAGAAGCUACAACGUGACUUAACUGAAAUGUUAAUGCGAGGAGGUUUUGAGCUACGAAAGUGGUGCGCCAACAAUGCUGCUAUCUUGGAUGAGAUUCCCGUUGAAUUUUGUGAGAAACAACUUGAUUUUGAAAACCAUGAUGUGAAUGGUGUCAUCAAAACACUCGGAUUGUUAUGGAAUCCAGUUGAUGACGUGUUUGUAUUUCAUGCGAAGCCUAUGGAUGAUUCCUUUAAAUCUUUCACAAAACGUCAAAUAAUGUCGGAAAUCGCACGAUUGUUCGAUCCUCUCGGAUUACUAGCACCAGUUGUGGUGAUAGGAAAACUCGUAAUGCAGCAACUUUGGAAGGAGGAAAUCAAUUGGGAUGACAUCGUCUCUGGUGAACCGUUGAACGUGUGGAGAAAAUUCAGGUCAGAGCUGUGUGCUAUUAGUGAAUUGAAGAUUCCGAGAAACGUCACAGUGAGUGGCACAGCACAACAUGAAAUUCAUGGGUUUGCGGAUGCAUCCAUGAAGGCAUACGGUAGUUGUAUAUAUUUGAGAAGUGUGAGAAAAGAUGGAUCUGCUGAAUUGAGAUUAUUGUGUGGCAAAUCAAGGGUUGCGCCCUUGAAGGAAUUAAAGCGAAAACAAAAGGGAGAAUCGGAUCCAACUAAAAUGACAAUACCUCGCUUGGAGCUUUGCGCAGCAAACCUUCUAGCCGAGCAAGUGACAAAGGUAAUGCCUGCAAUAGACGUGACCAUAAGUGACACAGUGCUUUGGUCGGAUUCAAAAAUUGUAUUGUCAUGGAUUGCAAAUCUGAAGCCUGAAUCACCAAUUUUUGUGUGCAACCGGAUUUCCAACAUUCGACAAUUAACAUGUACAUAUAAAUGGAACUAUGUGCCGACUACUAUGAACCCAGCCGAUCUUAUCUCGCGUGGGAUUUAUCCGGCGACAUUAACUUCUACAGACUUAUGGUGGAGGGGCCCAAACUUUCUGCACACUUACGAGGCAAAACCGUCAUAUUACAAUCAUGAAAUCCCAAUGGAAGUUGAAUCAGGCGAACUUCUCAAAAUGGGAUCAUCUACGUUGAUGGUGGCAACAGCCGUUUCAGAAAAUGACUUAACGAGUGUAAUUUCUAGAUACAGUGAUUUUCGUAAGCUAGAACGAGUAUUUGCAUAUGUUGCCAGAUUCGUCCAUAACUGUAGACGACCAGCAGAUCAGCGACGAGGUGGUGGUUUAACUAUAAAGGAGUUUCGUGAGUCACAGUUAUCUUUAAUAAGGGCAGUUCAACUAACGGAGUUUAAAGACGAAAUCAACUGUAUUCUUAAAGGCUUACCAGUUAGCGGAACAUUACGAAACAUCAAUCCAAUAUUUGAUAAAGAUUUGAGGCUUUUGAAAGUUGGUGGUCGAUUACGAUUUUCUAACUUAUCAAUUGAUCAGAAACAUCCUCUGAUUCUACCCGAAAGGCAUCAUUUGACAGAAUUACUAAUCAUUACCUUGCACCGUGAAAACUUGCAUGUUGGAUUGAACGGGUUACUUGCAAUAUUAAGGCAGAAAUAUUGGCCAGUGAAGGCUAAACGAUGUAUUUCUCGCAUAUUGAAGAGGUGUGUUCGGUGCUUUCGUGUAAAUCCAAGGAAUGUUCAACAGUUUAUGGGUGAUUUGCCGAGUUGCCGUGUAACACCCGCUCUGCCAUUUAUGAGAACUGGGGUGGACUACGCCGGUCCGGUAUUUUUAAAGCAAGGACGAUCCAAGGCACCAUUGAAGGGAUACAUAGCACUUUUCGUCUGCAUGACUACAAAGGCAUUGCAUCUUGAAUUAGUGUCUUCAUUAUCAACUGAUACGUUUUUAGGAGCUCUACAUAGAUUUGUUGGCAGACGAGGAAACGUUUCUGAGAUAUUUUCGGACAAUGGCAAAAACUUUGUCGGCGCUGAACGCCAGCUGAAGGAACUUCGUCAGCUUCUUUCGUCACAGUCUCUGAAAAUGAAAAUUGAUUCAUUUUGCCAAGUACGAGAAGCUCAUUUAACCUACGAAGAGAUGAGCACUCUUCUUGUGCAAAUUGAGGCAAUCCUAAAUUCGCGGCCACUCUGUCCGCAAUCAGAUGACCCAUUAGAUUAUGACGCAUUAAGUCCCGCACAUUUUCUGAUUGGGCGAGAGUUGACAGCAAUCGCAGAGCCCUUUUAUACAGAGCUGGCAGAAAACCGACUAUCGAGAUACCAAUUAGUUCAAAAAUACAAACAGUGUUUUUGGCGACGUUGGUCUAAUGAAUAUAUUACGACACUUCAAAUUAGAGGAAAAUGGAAUAAAACACCCACUGCAAUUCGAAACGACUUGCUUGUAAUCCUGAAGGAGGACGAUGCACCACCGAUGACCUGGCAACUAGGCCGAAUUAUUGAAGUCUACCCAGGAAAUGACGGAAUCAUCAGAGUAGUAAAGGUUCGAACCAGUCGAGGGAACUACGUGAGACCGACAACCAAAAUAGCCAUCUUACCAAUAGAAGACAAUGAUUAG